AUGGAGCUCCUGAGUUGUUCCCAGAGCCUGGCUGGGCCUAAGUGUUGCGAUCCAAGCUCCAGUCUGGAAUUCGGGUUCGGGCUGAGCUCUUCUCGUGUACACGCUACAGUUUCUCUCGCCGCUCGCUGGUUCGUUCCAGAACUGAAUGAUCUAUGGCGAUACCUCAAUGGUUUGCUUGAAUUGUUUGCCCGAGUGCUUGAUUCUAUUCGUGAGCACCCAAAAAUUGCCCUCCGGUUCUUCCGUUGGGCGGAGGGACAACCAGGCUUUAAGCAUUCAGAAUAUGCUUUUUGUACUAUUCUUGAAAUUCUAGUUGAGAAUAAUUUGACGAGUUCUGCAUAUUGCGUCAUGGAGAGGGUAAUUAGUGAGAAUUUGCAUGGUAUUUUGGAUAUUUUGAUAGAUAGGUAUACAAAUUCCAAGGUUUUGAGUAACUUACUUGAUCUUUUGUUGUGGGUGUAUACCAAAAAAUCAAUGGUCGAGCAAUGUUGGUUGACAUUUGAUAAGAUGAUCAGAAAUGGGGUGUUGCCGGAUGUGAAGAAUUGUAAUAGAUUUCUUAGGAUACUUAGGGAUAGAGAUUUAGUUGGCAAGGCAAGGGAAGUGUAUAGAAUGAUGAGAGAGUGUGGGGUUAAGCCAACUAUUGUUACGUAUAAUACAUUGUUGGAUUCGUUUUGUAAAGUAGGUGAAGUACAACAAGCGCUGGACCUGUUAUCGGAAAUGCAGAGGAGAGGGUGCUAUCCGAAUGAUGUUACAUAUAAUGUGCUGAUUAAUGGGUUGUCCAAGAAAGGGGAAUUUGACCAGGCCAAAGGGUUGAUUAGGGAAAUGUUAAAUAAGGGAUUGAAGGUUUCAUCGUACACGUAUAACCCAUUGAUCUCUGGGUAUUGUAAGAAGGGCUUGCUUGUAGAGGCAUUGAGCCUAGGUGCAGAGAUGGUAGUGAGAGGAGCUUCUCCAACUGUAUCAACAUACAAUUCGUUCAUGUAUGGACUUUGCAAGCAGGGAAGAGUGACUGAGGCUAGGCAAUACUUUCUUGACAUGUUUGCAAAGAAUGUGCGGCCGGAUAUAGUUUCAUACAACACUUUGAUUUAUGGGUAUUGUCGAUUGGGUAACACAACACAGGCUUUCCUCUUGUUGGAUGAGUUAAGGGGCAGGAACCUCAUUCCCACUGUGGUCACCUAUAAUACCAUUAUGGAUGGGCUUAGCAGGCAGGGGGAUUUGGAGAAUGCUAGCCAGCUUAAGGAUGUAAUGGUUAAUUAUGGGGUUCGUCCUGAUGUUUUUACUUAUACCAUUCUAGUAAAUGGUUCUUGCAAGGCAGGAAAUUUAUCCAUGGCUAAGGAAUUCUUUGACGAGAUGUUGCAUGAAGGGUUAGUGCCUGAUCGCUGUGCAUACACAGCUCGUAUAGUGGGUGAACUGAAGCUUGGAGAUGUAUCCAAGGCAUGCAGUUUGCAAGAAGAAAUGCUAACAAAGGGAUUCCCACCUGAUUUAAUCACCUAUAAUGUUUUUGUGGAUGGACUUUGUAAGUUGGGUAAUUUGGAAGAAGCCUGUGAGUUGUUGCAGAGGAUGAUCCGUGAUGGCCUUGUGCCCGAUCAUGGAACGUAUACUAGCAUUAUUCAUGCUCAUUUAGAAAUUGGGCAUCUCCGGAAAGCCAGAGAGUUGUUCUAUGAGAUGCUAAGCAAAGGUUUAUCCCCUACAGUUGUGACAUACACAGUAUUGAUUCAUGCUCAUGCUGGUAAUGGGAGGCUAGAACUGGCAUUUAUGUAUUUCUCGGAGAUGCAGGAAAAGGGUGUUCUACCCAAUGUGAUCACCUACAAUGCGCUGGUAAAUGGUCUUUGCAAAUUGAAAAGAAUGGAUCAGGCUUACAAAUAUUUUGCUGAGAUGGAAGCAGAAGGAGUACUCCCUAAUAAAUAUACCUACACUAUAUUGAUAAAUGAGAACUGUGAUAUGGGUAAUUGGCAUGAGGUUUUGAGAUUGUAUAAAGAAAUGCUAGAUAGAGGAAUCCAGCCUGAUUCUUGUACACAUGGUGCACUGUUAAAGCAACUUGGCAAGGGUUAUAAAUCUCAUGCUGUCGAGUACCUCGACUAUAUAAUUCUAGAUAGAUGA